AAUCCUCCACAAAUUUAAUUUAUUUCCUUAAAAAUGCAUUGUAAAAUCUUUGAUCUUCCCUUGUUGACUCCCUAUGUUGGUUGGGACUGCUAAUUCAAACCCUGCUGCGUGCAUAAACAAACGCAACUGUCAUUUACAGCCGUGUCCUUAUUGAGCUGCGUCUCUAUAAAUUAUCCCCGCUGCUUGCUGGCUCCGAGGCCUGUUGAGAAACUCCUAAAUGUGUGCAUGCAGCAGCUGCUGUGGAUCCCGUGCUUGUUGUUUGGAAUCUGACUUCAGCACAGCGUCACAGUCAGGCCUAAAAAUAACUGAGUGAACGACAAGUAGUCCACCCCAGUGACUUGGCAAAAGCCUUUCGACAUGCUGCCCACUCCAUGUUGAUCCAAACAGCCGCUACAAUCAGUUGUCCUUGUUUUUGUGUUACUGGAAAGAUGAGCCAUCAUUUCCAUUCUCUGCUUCUGUGGUAACGACUCACCUCUGCUGUCGACUGUCUUCUAUUUAAAAAAGCAAAACAAGAUUCGACCCACGUUUCUACCGAAGCUCGACCAUGGUGCGUAACGUGGAUGACCUGGACUUCUGCCUGCCCUCCCAUCCCCAGAGCAUCCUGGAGGGCCUGCGUUCUCUGUGCUCCCAUCCUAAACUGGUGGACGUGACGCUGAGCGCCGGCGGCCGGGACUUCCCCUGCCACCGCGGCGUGCUGGCCCUCUGCAGCUCCUACUUCCACUGCAUGUUCUCGGGGGACUUCGUGGAGAGCAUCGCGGCUCGCGUGGAGCUCCGCGACGUCGACCCCGACAUCCUCGGCUGCCUGCUUGACUUUGCGUACACGGGCAAGCUGACCAUCAACCAGAGCAACGUGGAGGGCUUGAUCUGCACGUCCAGCCAGCUGCAGUUCCACACGGUGCGCACCGUUUGUAGCCGCUACCUCCAGCAUCAGAUCGAUGCCACCAACUGCCUGGGCAUCCUGGAGUUUGGGGAGAUCCACGGCUGCCCCGAGGUGGUGGCCAAAGCGACUGCUUUCCUUUUGGAGAACUUUGAGGCUGUUCAACAAGGUGAGGAGUUUCUCUAUUUGGGCAAAGACAGGCUGGUGGCGUGCCUGUCUGAUGAAGGACUGCAGAUCAGAUCGGAGUGCGCUCGCGUUGAGGCCAUCCUCAGAUGGGUUAGGCACCACGAGGAGUCUCGGCUCUGCCACCUUCCUGAGCUCCUCACCAUGUCCCGUCUCUUUCUACUCAGCCUGGACUACCUGGCAGGCACCCUGCUGAACGACAGUUUGGUGCAGGCCUCUCCCAACUGCAGGGAGAUAGUGGAAAAAAUCCUCAGAGAGAAAAAGAAUUUGGCACCGGAGUGUCUGGAGAGACUCAAUGCUGAGAGUCCUCAGCCAAACCUUCAAGAAGUGCUGUUUGUCAUGGGAGGGCGCUCGCUGGAUGACUCAGACGAUGAAGAAGACUCCGAUGAAGAUGGGGAUCGAGACCCCAGACUCACGAGGCUGCCGCCCCGGAACUGUGGCUUCUACAACACAAAGACGAAACAGUGGCAUAUACUUCCUAACUUCCCCAAUCCCAACAAGUGGGGUUACUCCAUGGUCUGCCUAAACAACGACGUCUAUGUCACAGGGGGCUCGAGGGGUACGAACACCAACACCUGGUCGACCACAGAGACCUGGAAGUACAUCACAAGAGAGGGCAGGUGGGUUACUGUGGCGCCCAUGCUUCGGCCUCGUACUAACCACACCUCGGCAACGCUUAAUGGGGAGAUUUACGUCAUCGGAGGUACCACACUAGAUCACGUAGAGGUCGAGCAUUAUGAUCCGUACAGCGACUCCUGGGCCUUGACGUGUCCCGCCUUAAAGUAUGUGACGAACUUCACUGCCACCGCCUGCCAUGGGAAGCUGUACGUGAUUGGCUCCUGUGCCGUCAAGUACAAUGCUCUGGCCAUGCAGUGCUACAACCCCGUCAUAGAUACCUGGACCAGCAUAUGUUCACCCUUCAUCCCCAAGUAUUUAUCCUCCCCUCGCUCUGUCUGCGUGGACGGAACCAUCUACCUGGUGGCCGAUAACACCAAAAAAGUCUACUCAUACGAUCCAGAUGCAAACAUCUGGCAGAAGGUGCAGCUCCUGCACAUGCUCCAUGAGAACGGCGGCCUGGUGACACUGAACGGGAAGCUCUUCGUCACCGGAGGUCACUGGAAAGGAAUGGAGGGGGAUUACGGAGUGGAGGUGGAGAUGUACAACCGGUCGUCCAACACCUGGGAGGUGGAGUGCUUCCUCCCCAGGCUGUGGUUCUACAGCGGGGUCUGCACCAUCUUCCUGGACCCCUCCCAGUGGCCUGCGCUCUUUCCCGUUGAGUCGCCAUGAGGGCGACGCCUUCCGGACAGGACUGAAACUCGGGGUCACAGAGGUCACGGAGACACAGUGUUCCCUCCAUAUGCUGCACUGCAAAUAGAAUGUUUAUCCCCAGAUGUCAUUGUGCCCCAGAAUAGCCGCUGUUACCUGAUCCUCCGGUAUUCUCCACCGAGCUGAGCUCCUCCAGCAUGUGUGGAUUCACACAGUGUAUCAUCUGCUCCAGACCGGGAUUUCUUUUCCUUUUUUUGUGGUAUUUCCUAAAGGUGCUUGUGAAUUAGUAAAUCUUUGUAGACAUAGUUUACAGGAAGUGUUU